AUGUUGGAUAAUAAAGCAACGAAAAUGGACUGUAAGAUAUUGGUAUUAGGCGCAGGUGGUCUAGGAUGCGAGAUCCUGAAAAAUUUGACAAUGCUAAGUUUUGUCAAGCAGGUUCAUAUUGUAGAUAUGGACACCAUCGAGCUUACUAACCUAAAUAGACAAUUCCUCUUCCGUGAUGCGGACAUAGGCAAACCAAAAGCUCAGGUAGCAGCCCGGUAUGUAAACUCGCGGUUCCCUCAAUUGGAGGUCGUUGCUCACGUACAGGAUCUGACCACUUUGCCCCCGAGCUUCUAUGAGGGUUUCCAAUUCAUAGUCUCGGGACUUGAUGCCAUUGAACCUCGCCGUUUCAUCAACGAGACUCUCGUGAAGCUAACCUGGGAAUCCAACUAUGAAAUUUGCAUCCCGUUCAUAGAUGGUGGGACAGAAGGGCUCAAGGGACAUGUAAAAACAAUCAUUCCGGGCAUAACCGCAUGCUGGGAGUGCUCCAUUGACACUUUGCCCUCGCAGCAGGAUACUGUACCAAUGUGUACGAUUGCGAACAACCCUCGCUGUAUUGAACAUGUCGUGGAGUAUGUCUCAACCAUACAAUACCCUGAGCUGGAUAUUGAGUCUACGGCGGAUAUGCAACUUUUAUUGGAGAAGUGCUACGAAAGAGCUAUACAAUUUAGUAUCUCAACAAAAGAAUUAUCGACAGGCUUUAUCCUGGGUAUAAUAAAGAGUAUCAUACCCAGCGUAAGUACUACAAACGCAAUGGUUGCGGCCACAUGCUGUACACAGGUGGUCAAGAUUUACAAUGACCUAAUCGACUUGGAAAACGACAAUAACUUUACAUUGAUCAACUGCUCGGAAGGGUGUUUUAUGUAUAGUUUCAAGUUCGAGCGGUUACCCGACUGUGCUGUUUGCUCAAAAGAUAAUUCCAACUAA